ACGAGAGUGAAACGUCUCGCUCUGCCAUCCUCUCUGACUGAACUCGCAAAGUGCUCUUGGUUACUUUUUGCGACACUAGUGUUAUUAUAAAAACUUUCAAGCGAAAUGUUUACAGUAAGAAAUUCAUUUCGCAGAUCGUCAAGGCUUAUAGAAAAUAUUUGUUUGAAAAAUGGUGACGUGGCUCUAGACUGUAUUUCCACUGGCCCCCAGCAGCAACAAGGGACCUUCUAUGAAUUCCGUACCUAUAGAAUCCUUCCAGAGAAGAACGCUGCCUUCCUCAAGCUGACCAAUGAGAAGAUCCACCUGCGUACUGCUCACUCCGAGCUCCUGGGCUACUGGAGUGUAGAGUACGGAGGCUUGAACCAGGUCUUCCACAUCUGGAAGUAUGACAGCUAUGCUCAGCGGGCAGGUGUGCGCGCAUCCUUGGCUCAGGACCCCAAAUGGAUUGAGGAGUACAUCUCCAAGGCCAUGCCCAUGCUCAUGUCUCAGGACAACGAGGUCACGUAUUUGGUACCCUGGAGCAAGGUGGACAGGCCACCCAAGGAAGGUGGGGUAUAUGAGUUGGCAUCGUUCCAGAUGAGGCCAGGAGGCCCAGCAGUGUGGGGGGAGGCCUUCCAGGCUGCAGUCAGUACCCACGCUGCCGGGGGGCAUGCCCACCUGGUAGGGGUCUUUCACAGUGAGUUUGGACGGCUCAACAAAGUGAAUGCCCUGUGGUGGUAUGAGAGUCCGGACCAACGGGCAGCAGUACGCCACAAAGCCCAUGGUGAUGCCAGGGUGGUGGCAGCCGUGAGGGAGAGUGUGAGCUAUCUGGAGUCGCAGACGAGCAAACUCAUGUUCCCCUGCCCCUACUCUCCCCUCAAGUGAUCUCACACUGAAACCCAGGAUUAAAGGGACUAAACCUCAACUGGAUCUAAUAUGCGUCUUACACUGUUUAUAGACCUAAGUAGAGGUUAUAAAAUGCUACUGAGAUUUCUUAAAUCCAUCAACCAAUGGUGAUCAUGUCAUCUAAAUGUGAUGACAGUUGCACUCAAACAAUGAAUUAAUUGUAAUUAUGAAUGUUAUACUGAUAUCAAUAUAUAAGUCACUCAGAACCAAGUAUAAUUAGGACCUUGGCUAUAACAAUGUGUAUUUCAUUCUACUGAGGACUGUUCAGUCUUAACAAUAGAUGGCUCUUGUGAAAUGCAUUUAUGUUGGAAAGAACUGCUUGUUAUGAAAUGCCUCUGUCCUGAAUCAAACAGUUGUUAGUCAUGGAUUAGAUUUAUAUUAUAGGUAUAGAUAAUUGUGCCUUAUUCAUCGUGUACAUACCACAUGAAUACUUGUCUGGACCAUGUUGACACAAGAUUAAGAGAAUGGAAAACACUUGCCAGGACUGAGGAUUUGCUGGGUUUUAUUGUGUAAAUAAGUAUUGUACAGGGCGAGUAACAGACAUUCCCACAGCCUUUUUCUCAAUACAUUAAAAACAAACAGCUAUUAAAUAAAUCA